AUGUACAAGGCCGUCAUCUUGCCAACGCUGCUGUACGGAGCGGAGACUUGGACGGUGUACACAAGGCAGGCACGCCGACUGAACCACUUCCACCUCGGUUGUCUCCGUCGCAUCCUGAGGCUAAACUGGCAGGACCGCAUCCCCGACACUGAUGUGCUGGAAUGGACGGGAAUUCUCAGCAUCUACACCAUGCUGAGACAAAUGCAGCUGCGUUGGAGCGGCCACCUGGUGCGUAUGGACGACGAGCGACUACCCAAACGACUCUUUUACGGAGACGUCGCGACGGGUUCUCGCCGCCAAUGUGGUCAAAUUCGCCGCUACAAGGAAACUCUGUAG